GUCGACUACUGAAGUCUUCGACUCUUCACAUGCAGACAUGUUACCACAAGGUGCGCAAUUUUUCAUGCUUAUGCUGUGAUACUGCAAUAGGCCUAUUAGGCAAUAGCAGAAUAGUGGAGAUUGACUAAAAGAUGGAUAAUUUGCAAUCUGUAAAACAUGUGAUUGUCAUUCUUUCGGGGAAGGGCGGUGUUGGCAAAAGCACCAUUGCAACUCAGCUGGCAUUAUGUUUAACAUAUUCUGGUAAAAAAGUUGGUAUUCUGGAUGUGGAUCUUUGUGGACCAAGUAUUCCCAUUAUGCUGGGAGUUGCAGAUGCUUCAAUACAUCAAUGUGAUGAUGGUUGGGUGCCUGUUUUUGUUGACAAGGAGCAAAAACUUAGCUUAAUGUCCAUAGGUUUUCUUUUAAAUAAUAAGGAUGAUCCUGUUGUGUGGAGAGGGCCAAAGAAAAAUGGCAUGAUAAAACAAUUUGUUCAGGAUGUUGUGUGGGAUGAAUUGGACUAUCUCAUUGUUGAUACUCCGCCUGGGACAAGUGACGAACAUCUGGCUGUUUUAGAAAAUUUGAGGUCACGAAUAGACGGUGCAAUCUUGGUUACUACACCUCAGGCUGUUGCAAUAGCAGAUGUUCAAAGAGAACUAACUUUCUGCAGAAAGACAAAGUUGCCUGUACUGGGGAUAAUAGAAAAUAUGUCUGGAUAUGUGUGUCCGCAUUGCUCUGAAUGCUCUCUUGUAUUUUCCCAAGGAGGCGGUGAAGAACUGUCUAUCAGAGAAGAUGUUCCAUUUCUUGGGCGCGUACCACUUGACCCACAGUUAACAUUAUGUUUGGAGAAUGGCCAAAGCUUUCUUGAGGCUUUCCCAAAAUCAUCAACAAUAGACGCUAUUAAGAAAAUUUCUCAGAAAUUUAUUGAUGAGAAUAGUAUAAAAUAAACAUGCAGUUUAUCUGCUUUGAGAAAUGAAGUUGACUUCGUUGUCAAGCAGUCAUUUUAGUUGGGCAGAUAUUAGAUUCAUAAUUGGCAUGCUUCUGAAAAUCGAGAAAUCAAUUUAUUUUGCAAUAUAAUAGAAUUGAUGAAAUACUAAACUUUCAUGUGAAUUUAUAUUAUGUCUUAUUCUCUCUUUUCUUAG